CCCGGGUUCACCCCGCCCCCGGACUUUAAGCCCGCGCGGAAAACUCGCAAGAUCCUCAUACCGGUCGCGGAGUACCCGGGGUACAACUUCUUCGGUUUGAUCAUCGGCCCGAGAGGGAACACGCAGAAGAAGAUGCAGCAGGAGACCAACACCAACAUCGCGAUUCGUGGCCGCGGGUCCAUGAAACCCGGCGGCGCCGACCCCAACAAGCCUUACGACCCGGUGGACGACGAGCCCAUGCACGUGCUGAUCACGGGCGACACCCAACGGCAGGUGGACGCCGCGGCGAAGAUGAUCGAGGAGCUCUUAGUGCCCGUGGACGAGGACAAUAACGAGCACAAGAAGCGGCAGCUCAAGGAGCUCGCGGAGAUCAACGGGACGCUUCGAGUAG